AUGAUGGAAGAGCCGUGGAUUCGUACUAUGCAGCGCCUCUUCUACCCAAUCAUGUCUGUGUUUGGGCUUCCAGCCAGUAUCGUCACCAUGCUCGUCCUCUGGAAGGGAAACCUGGACAUGUCCAAGUCCAUCGUUUACUACCUGGUUUCCCUGGCUGCAGCCAACUUCCUCCUCAUUCUGGUGGUCACCGUCUUCCGUGACAUCUUCUAUUUCUACGUGGACAUCACCCUGUGGUGGCCGGAACCAUCCUGUGGCGUCAGUAACUGGAUCUACUUCACCAGCGUCUACGCCCUCAUAUGGCUGACCGUGGCUUUCACCUUCGACCGAUACGUCAUAGUCUGUUGCAUGAAGCUGAAGCUGAGGUACUGUAAGCCCUCGGUCACCCGAUGGAUCAUUGUUAGCAUCUACGUGGGAGCCUUUCUGGUGGCGAUGCCAACGUUCUGGAUGUAUGUGCCGGUUCGUACCACUCAGCCCGACGGAACCAUUUUCCACAUCUGUUCCCUCCAUCGAAACCUGAGCACCAUCCCGUUCUUAUCGGCGUACGACCACAUUCAGACCACGGUGUGGAUCGUCUUUCCGUUGGUGUCGCUGGUUCUGACCAACGGCCUGACGGUGUGGCACAUCAAUAUUACCACCAAGCGCCGGCAGGGCCUGAAGGGGGGCUCUGCCGGGAAGGAGGCCAAUGACCCCGAAGUGGCUCGGAGGAAGAAGUCCGUAACCCUUCUUGCCAUGAUCUCCAUUUCAUUUCUGGUCCACUGGCUGCCCAAGAUGUUUGUCAAAGUGCUGGAGAGGUUCACCUACCCCCCUGUAAACCGCUACGAUUUCUACCACCCGGUCAACAUGGCCAGGAUGCUCAGCAACAUGCUUAUUGUCCUGAGCUCGUUCAGUAACAUGUGUGUUUACUCCCUCACGGUCACCAAGUUCCGGGAAGAGCUGUUCUGCGGAGUGAAGUACAUGCUCUCCGUGAUCUGGAAGAAGCCAGGGUCCACCAUCGCUUCCUCCAAGACUGUAAAGAUCUUCACCAUAUAA